CCACUGUGACGUAUGGCCGCGCAUCCCUUCAAUGCCGGCAACCAACUCCAGCUAACGAAAGGCUACCACCGAUCACAGUGCUGUGCAGAAGAAUCUCCAGCUAGGUUGAGAUCUCUGAUUUGUCCAUCAUGAAACAAGGGCGUGUAGCAGCCGGAAGCCGACAAUCCCUUCUUGAAUGGUUCCGCGGGCGUGGGUCGAUAUAACGACGAUCCUCGAAACCGUCGGCUGCCACGUCCCCGACCGUUAUUAGGUAUGGGGUAAUCAAAUCACGUCUCCUUUCCUCGGGUCAAGGGAUGCUCCCCCUGUUCCCACACAACACCCUAUCUGUUUUCUAUCUGCGAGAGGUUGUUAUACACUGGCUACUGGAUCUUGUAUGUACGUCAUGGCGACCACGCUUAGACCUUCUGCUUCCGCCGCGACUUUCGCUUUCCUCGACAGAAAGUUAGAAGCGCCCGAUGUGAGGGUUCCUACGACGCUCUCGCACCAGACGACCAACCUGUCGGGCGAAUCCUUGCCGUAUUGGCUGGUCAACGUCCCUCCCGACAGAUGGCCGGCUGAAUGCCCAAGCUUUCUCCGUGGUAUCUGUGAGAAGAAUAUCCAGAUACUGUCGACUCCUGACGAACAAUAUGAGAGACAAGGGUGGGAACUAGUGAAGGAGAUUAUCCGCACCAAUCAAAUCGAUCGCUUCCAACGCCUUCCCAGUGAUUUAAGAAAGUAUCUCGAAUAUAAGGAGUGGAUUGUCGCCGAGUAUGGGUCAGUCAUGCGAUUUGUUGUAAGGGAGCGACUACGCUGGGGGGAGGGCAGUCCUGACGACCUCAAACCCAGAGGACGCCCGUUCGAGUUUGACGAGGAUAUUCGAAUUUUGUACAACGACUGGCCGUACGGAAUCGAAAAAGAUAUCAUCCAUUUAGUGGUGUGGACCAAGUUCGAGCUGGAAGAUGAUCCGGUGACCGACGAUCUGACACCGCAGGCCAGGCAGAAGAUCGAUAACUAUGUGAAGAAGACAUUUUGCUCGCGAGUACCAUCAGAGAAAGUCAUCUGGUUCAAAAAUUGGAAGUCUCUCAAGUCAGUGCAUGCGGUAGAACACUUUCAUGUCAUGUUAUAUAAACCAGAUCCAGAAUUCCUGAAGGAAAUCACUGGAGGGGAUGUACCGAUGGUUGCAAGGACGUGAGGGUUGUUUAUGAAUGGAGGUUCUCGACCAUUGCUGCUUCAAAGCGAGAGAGAUCCCGCCGUCUUUUUUUCUACUUUGGCGCUGAUUUGGAUUGGAUAUGUUUCGGGUUAGUUAAAUUAUGCUUGUUUUCGUCUUAGUGCCGUCCAGGGUCAUGGUUUUUUCUUUUUUCUUUUUCUUUUUUUUUCACUCCUUUCUUUUUCUUUCUUUUUUUCUUCCCAAACGACUAGCUCUAGGUUAUCUUGUAUAGAAGUUGAUAGGAUAGAGUCAAU